AACUCCUUAUAGCCCUGGCCCCGCCGACCGGGACCCCGCAGCCCGUGCUACCCACCUUCCUGCCGCAGCCAUGGCUCCGUUGGUCCGGAUCCUGCUGACCGUCUCUGCUCUGGCGGUAUUCCUGGCCAUCUCCUCUGCUGACGACCCUGCCUCCACCAUGGCGCCUUUCUCUUCCCCCUCGGACCCUGGCCAAGAGCCGCUGGCGGAGACCCCGGCCGCGGAGACCGGAGCCACCGGCCGGGCCCUCCCAGGGGAGGAAGACCUCGUCCCGGAACAGGAGUCGGACGGGCCGCGCCCCAACAGCGAUGCCAUCCCCCCUUUGGCUCCAGAUGGCAGCGAGGCUCCGAGCGAGCACACAGGAGACAGCCCAGCCCAGUCCCAGGAAUCUGAGGAGAAGCACACAGGAGAUAGCCCAACCCAGGAAUCUGAGGAGAGUGUGGACCCCGACCGUGACUCAGAGGAAGAGUCUGCCCCAGCUCAAGGCCUCUGAGGUCGACACGGGAUUCUGGUCCAGGAUCCUGCCGUCACCAGCAAUUUUGCCAUUCCCGGCGAUGUCCCUGCCCUGCUUUAACUCCCUUUGGUGCUGGCUCUUCUUCACCCCUUCCUCUCCUUGCCCGAGGCCCCGUCCCCUCCUGCUUAAUAAAGACUGCUCAGCAAAUGG